AUGGAACAUACUCAUUUCGUAUUUAUUGCCGAUCUAUCGCUGGUUCGUAUCGUCGUCUCGUCUGGCUUCUUUAUCAUCAUCCUCACCAUAACUUGCUCCAUUACAGACGCAUUACCUCACUCGAGGAUAACUCUGCAGCAGAGAUCAAUAGACCAGUCAUGCAAAUACACGUUUUCUUCAAUUAAUCAUCAACAACGAAAUUUAAUUCUACGUUCUUUCUUUCCAACUCACAAUUUCAACGCGUGCCAUUCACUCUCACUUUCCACUCGUUGCCUUCUUCAUACUUCCGCAUGCCCUCCCUAUCGUGAUCUGCCUCGGGAGCUACGCAUGUUUCGCAAUGAUGCUGGUUCACAUGCACAUCCUAUAAAAGAAGUACAGGAGCAAGAAACAGUAACCCACAAGGCUGCUCAAUUUGCAAAAGAAGAGGCAAAAAUGAUGGAGCGAGCCACGAAUUCUGCCAAAAAGAAGCCAAUAAUGAUUCGUAUAAAAGAUGAAUUGGUACAUUAUUGGCAUGGAACUAAAUUAUUGGGCUUGGAAAUUAAAAUUUCAACAAAGUUGCUAUACAAGAUAAUGAAAGGCGAAAAGUUGACCAGAAGAGAAAUCAGACAGCUGAAAAGAACAACUCAGGACUUGCUUCGACUGGUUCCAUUUGCUGUCUUUAUUGUCGUCCCCUUUAUGGAGUUUUUGCUUCCGGUGGCUCUCAAAUUGUUCCCCAACAUGUUACCAAGCACAUUCGAAGACAAAUAUGCUCGUGAGGAGAAGAAGAGAAAGCUUUUAAAGGUUCGGUUAGAAAUGGCUAAAUUCCUUCAAGAAACUAUUUCCGAGGCUGGACUCAUGAAGGCAGAUCAUGCUGAUGCAGCAAAGGAAUUUACCGAAUACUUUCGAAAGGUCCGCUCGACUGGAGAACAAGCAUCGACCGAGGAUCUUCUUCGUAUUGCCAAAUUGUUCAAAGACGACUUUAUGUUGGACAACUUGUCGCGACCACAGUUGGUCAGCAUGUGUCGGUAUAUGAAUAUCAAUGCGUUCGGUACAGAUAACUUUUUGAGAUAUCAGAUUAGUAAUCGUAUGAGAGUACUCAGAGAAGAUGACCAGAUGAUCAUGGCCGAAGGCGUAAACUCAUUAACAGUACAGGAACUCCAACAUGCAUGCCAAUCACGCGGCAUUCGUACCAUUGGCGUGUCUCCCACUCGCUUAAGAAGUGAACUGAAUCAAUGGCUAGACCUGCAUUUGACCCACAAAGUGCCCUCUUCCUUGUUAAUACUUUCACGCGCGUUUAGCUUUGCUGACCGGCUGGAACUGGCUGACCAAACGGAAGCAUUACAAACUACAUUGUCUAGUUUACCGGACAGCUUGGUUCACGCAGCUCAACUGCAAAUGUCCGAGGCAACAUUUAAACAAAAACUAGAAGUCAUCGAAGAGCAAGAGGAUCUUAUUGCUGAAGAGAAAGCUCAAGAAGAGAAAGAAGAGGCAGCACGGAAAGCCGAAAAAGAAGCCGAAGAAGCGGCACGAGAAGCAGCAGCGCUUGCCGAUAAACUGUUACCAGAUUCAUCUGUGAAAUUCGAGGCCGAGGAAGAUGUGCGCAUGUCCAAGCAGCAGCUUCAAGAACUCCGCGAAGCUUUGUCCAUAUUAUCGUCUAAAUCGGCUGUCCUUGAAGAACGAGAAGCUCUCCAUGAACUCAAAGAAGACCGCGAAGAAUACAAAGAAGACAUGCAAGAACUUCACGGCAUCGGUGGAGCAGAAUCCAAAGUCUCACACCGCCUUGGAGAGCGUUUAGAGAAAAUGAUAGAAAAGAUUGAUAGAGAGCUCGAACAGUACGACUCGGAAGUUGGGUCCAAAUUCAAUCGAAUUCAAGCCAACGAGUCUGGACAGAUACGGGUAUCUGAUCUCGAAGAAGCGUUGCGAACCAUCAAACAUACCCCUGGCGAUGAUGAGCGGAUCAAGAAGAUUGUGAAGAAAUUAGAUGUGGACAACGAUGGAUUGGUCUUCUUGGAUCAUAUUCGUGAGCUUGCGACCGAAGGAGAAGGAUUGGGUGUAUUGGUUGAGGAUGAAAAGGAUGAAAAGGUUAAAAAGCCAAAGAAGGAAGAUAUCGUAAAAGAGGACUGA